GAAAUAGAUAAGAAUGACGCCCAUUGGCUUCAGUGGGCUUCGGCUCAGCCCCAUCUCCAUGCACUCUUGCUGAGUAAGGGGCAUGUGUGCGCGUGUAAACACACCAGAUUAAUAUCUGGAAACAGUGACCUCGGUCUUCAAUCAUGGAUUGAUGAAGGCCGUGUUGAGGCUGUAACUUGUACCUUACGAAGGGUAGUGAUGCAUUUCUGCUUCAUUAUUGAGAUCUUCCCAUGCUGCUUCCUUGCAGCAUGGUGUGCUGAUAGCAUUUCUUCUAAGGUGACACUUUCAUUUCUUGCCAGUCUUCUGCCUGCAAACAAUGUUGUUCCUGACACUAUCAUAUCUAUCCUGCUCUGAGUCUGGAAACAUCACUUCAUGAGUGAGGCUGAGACCCUUUCCAUACUGCAGUAUGGAAAUACAUUUAAAUAUUCCAGGACAAAGAACUUUGUUUAAGAAAAGUUAAGGUAGAAUGUGUUUGAGAGGGUCCAGCCAACACCCAAAAGCUUGACCGGUUUUUUAAAAACCCAGGCACAAACCUGGAUCCAAAACAAUAUUUUAUGAACCUUUUGCUUUCACCAAGAUCUUUAUGGACUUAAGUUUUUGUUGCAGACAGUUCAUGGAGGCAAGGGAAUUAAACUGUGGAGACACAGAAAGGAGGUAAAAAGUGCCCAAUCUGGAUUGCUUAGUCUAAGUCUGGAGCAGAAAGGUGCCCAUUCCCUACUGGUGCUGCCACGAUUCUAGCUCUGAUGCAGAAAAGCCUCGUGAUGGAGAAGUGGCUGGAACUGAAGGACCUUGUUUCCCAGACCCUUACACUUUGGCAGAAGUACAGGGGAUUUAAAAAUAAAUACAUACAUGAAUCUGAGACUGAUGUUCCUUUGGGUCUACUACAAAAGCCUGUAUAUCCAGUUAUGUAUUGGACAGGUGACAUAAGUGAGACAUUCUGCUGCUCUUGGGCAUGUAUUUCUCCACCUUAUUCAUGAUGGGGGAUGGAAUAAAGUAUUCCGGCUCUACUCAGACUUCUACUGGGCUGUUGGGGCACUGUGACAGGGUCGGGCCAGAGGGCUAUAGGAGAGUCUUUUUUUUUUUUUUUUUUUUUUAAAUUUUUUAAACAAAAUUUUAAUCAGUUCCAAACCCUUACAGCUGGAAUGGUGUACACGGUUGCUCUUAAAUGACAGCAGAAAACAGCUCUUCUCUGGUAGUGAAAUCUCUCCCCUUUUCACUUCCAUCUUAUUACAAAAGAUGUAACAGUAUUUGUACCACAUAUUUUCAAACUGUAUGUUCAAAUAAGACGACAACACAGGGUCAGUUUUACUUUAUGCAUGUAAGUCACAUGGAAUUUAGAGCAGUUGCCUUUCCUUUUUUGACAAAAAUAAACUCCAACCAUUUAAUAAAUGGGAGACUAAAGAACAUGUGUUACCAACUACCUGAAUAGAGAUUAUUACAUUAGUUAUCCAAUUAAGUUUUAACCACAACUGAAUUGGAGAGUAAUAGAAGGCAGAUAUAUUAGCCCCAGGCUAAGUAGGUCCCUUUUCCCUGGGUAAGGUAACAGGGAAGAUUCCGGAACAAUCAGGAACCUUCUGGAGACAAUUAAGACAGGCUGAUUAGAACACCUGCAGCCAAUCAAGAAGCUGCUAGAAUCAAUUAAGGCAGGCUAAUCAGGGCACCUGGGUUUUAAAAAGGAGCUCACUUCAGUUUGUGGUGUGUGUGUGAGGAGCUGGGAGCAAGAGGCACUGGGAGCUGAGAGUGAGAACGUGGACUGUUGGAGGACUGAGGAGUACAAGCAUUAUCAGACACCAGGAGGAAGGUCCUGUGGUGAGCAUAAAGAAGAUGCUGGGAGGAGGCCAUGGGGAAGUAGCCCAGGGAGUUGUAGCUGUCGCACAGCUGUUCCAGGAGGCCCUCUAGACAGCUGCAUUCCACAGGGCCCUGGGCUGGAACCUGGAGUAGAGGGCGGGCCCAGGUUCCCCCCAAAUCCUCCCAACUCCUGGUCAGACACAGGAGUCGUCAACCUGGACUGUGGGUUCAGAAAAACGGCCAAGCUGAGGGCUGCCGUGAAGCUCCAAGGCGAGCAAAUCCGCCAGUAAGAGCAAGACCCACCAAGGUAGAGCAGGAAAUUUGUCACAGGCACAUAUGCCACACUUUCUGGUAGACCACAUCCACACUGACUACAGCUGUCCUCCUUUUUUGAAUGCAGGUUUCUAUGUGUAUUCCACUGUGGGAAUGCAUGCACUUCAUGCCCCUGGGGUCAGAGAAUUUUUGAAAGCAGUAUUUGUUGCUCUGUGCAUGUGCCUUUGCCUUCCUUGAUGAGUCCUUACAUAAUUUAAAGAACUCCGGUGCCACCCUCUGCUCCAUGGGAAUAUAUACAGCUGCCCUAAAAGGGAAGUAUCACAGGCAGCCUUACAAACCUAGACCAGCAUCUCAAUAAUUAUUUCACCAGCAGUCUUACGACCCUCCUGGUAAGAGACAGGGUACAGACCUCUCGUUUUCCUUCACCUCCCAUGCCUACAGCACCUUCUCAAUCUUAUCCCCCCAGUAAAAAGAUAUUUUGUGACAGGAACUCAAGAGCUGCAAACCAUUUAUGAUGCCUCUACGUGACCCCCACGUACCCUUUGGGGGUUGCCAUAGCAGACAAGUGGGUAUUAGAUAUCAUCUGUCCCAGCUAUGUAAUCGAGUCUACUUACCUACCUUCUCCAAAACCUGCAUUCUCACGAGGAAUCCCUCUUCCAGCAAGUAACAAUACAGUGCGCACCUCUUCAACACCAAGGAAAAAGUUUUUACUCUACAUAGUUCCUAGUCCCUAAAAAGUUGGGUAGUUGGAGACAGAGAUGUAUCCUCGAUCUCUGUAAUCUCAACCACUUUAUUCACCAACUGAGAUUUCACAUGGUCACUCUGGCAUCAAUACACUAUCCCUGGAAAAAGACAUAUGGUUUACAGCUCUUGAUAUGAAGGUCACGUACUUUCACAUGGAUAGUCACCCCGUCCACAGGCAUUUUCUCAGAUUCAUGGUGGGCCCUGACCGCUUUCAAUGCACGGUCCUCCCAUUCGGCCUCACCACUGCCCCCAUGGUCUUUACCAAGAUCUUUCUGGUAGUAGGAGCUCUUUUCAGACAGAACGGCUUCACUGUUUCCCUUUUAUGUUGAUGAUAGGCUUCUCGUUGCCAAAACCUAUCAGGAAGCCUAUGGGUCAACCUCAUCAAUGCUUCAACGACUUACUUCCCUAGGAGUCAGUGUGGACUUGGAAAAGUGUCCUCACUCCAUGCAGACUACAGACUUCAUAGGGGCCACUCUAGAUUCAGUCAUGGCGAGAGUUCAUCUCCAAAGAUUUUGGAUUUUGGAGUUCAUCUCCAAAGGUUUUGCACCAGGAGCAUGCUAAUAGGUCAGGUUAGAUCAGGUUAUAGGCAACCUUUGAGUUCCAGUCAGAACUUGUUUUCCUUCUGGAGCCAAUGGCUUCAUGGACUUAUGUUAUCCCAGUUGCCAGACUUCACCUACAUCACCUUCAUGCAUAGCUCCAGAGAGUGUAUUCACCAGUCAAAUACAGCAUGAAUACCUUGGUAAUAAUUCCGUCCAGAGUAACAUCUUUCUUGGUGUGGUGGAAGGAUCCCCAUCAGGUAUGUGUGAGCGUCCCCUUUCUAUUAUCCUUGUCAGACAAGAUGAUCAUUAGUGACCCCUCUCUCUUCAGCUGGGGAGCCCACAUGAACAACCAUACGGCGCAGGGUACUUGAAUGUCCCAAGAGACCAAGAUGCACAUCAACCUUCUGGAACUCCAGGCAGCAUGAGAAGCUUGCAAGGUUUUUCUACAAUUCGUCCUAUCCCACCAUGUCCUCAUAACGUCAGACAACCUGACAACUGCCUUUUAAAUCAAUAACCAGAGAGGAGUGAGAUCAGUCCCCCUAUGUGUAGGAGCAGCCACCCUGUGGAAUUGGUGUAUCCGGAAUCAAAGCACCCUGUUGGCAGCUUAUUUUCCAGGAACUCAGAAUGUGUUAGCAGACGCCCGCAGCAGGUAUCUCUCCAUCAGUUACGAGUGGGAGUUGCAUGAUUCAAAAUAACGUUUUUGUUCAGUGGGUGGCCCCUGAUCGGGUUCUGUUUUGCCAACUGAACAAGUGCAACAUAGGUUGCUCCAGAGGAGCUCUUCGACUAUGCCCUCAGAGCGAUGCUGUCUUUCUCCCCUGUUCAGACCAUCUGAGCAAUGCCUUUCCUCCCUUACUGCUCCUACUUUGGGUCUAACAAAGUCACAACAGGGUACAAUUCAUCUCCAUUUCCCCUCAAUUGGCUCCCAAAUCUCCUACAACAGUCAUCUCAUCAUCCACUCAUCAUCCAGGCCUUCCCUGAUCUCUUGAUCCAGGAGAAACGCAGGAUCAAGCAUCCCAACCUCAGAGUACUUCAUCUCAUGGCUUGGAUUUUGGAUGGGCAUCAACAUUAGAACAUUCCUGAUCAGAAGCUGGACAAACGACCCUUAAUAAUAGCAGAAAGGGCUCCACUAGAAAAUGCUAUUCAGCCAAAUGAAGCGUUUUUCUGUCUCGGCACAGCAGAAACAUCUCCUGAGUCAGCAGAUAUUCCCCUAUUUUGGACUGUCUUCUUUCUCUCACAACAGCUGGGCUAUCCCUUGGUUCUAUGAGUCCACCUGGCAGCAGUCAGUUCAUGCCAUCCGCUGUCAGGUGAUUAUUCAAUUUUCAUUCACCGAUUGGGUAGCAGAUUCUUAAAGGGCCUGAUCAGAAUUUUCCUGCCAGUAAGAAAACCUACUCCUCAUUGGGAUCUAAGCCUUGUAUUUCCGGUACUCACUAAGCCUCCUUUUGAGCCGUUAGGUUAGACAUGGAACGUGUAGCUAUCAAUGAAAGUUGCAUUCCUUGUGACCAUCACCUCAGCCGGAAGGUUGGGUGAGCUGGGAGUCCUAGUGGUGGGUGUGGUACACACUAUAUCUGGUAAGGCCAAGUCUCUUUACAACUACAUCCAAAGUUCCUCCCCCAAAGAAGUUUCAGAGUGUCACAUGAACCAGUCAGUCCACAUAUCUGUUUUUUCUGAAUCUGCAUACAUCUGAGGAAUGCAUCUGAAGAAGAGCAGAAACUUCAUUCUCUCAAUGUAUGACACGCUUUUACCUUCUAUUUGCAAAGGUCAAAACAAAUUAGAAAAUGACCUACAUUGUUUCUCCUUAUAGCAGAACGAGUCUGAGUUCAAGCUAGAUCCUCCCAGAGGAUCCUGGAGUGGAUUUCAGGCUGUAUCCUGUUGUUACUAGUUGCUUCUUCCUCCUGAUGGGGUGAGAGCUCAUUCUACAAGAACGCAAGCAACUUCAGUGGCCUUGCUUCAGGAAGAGCCCUUACUUGACGUUUGCAAAUCAGUUCCUUGGAGUUCCAGCCAUACGUUUGUGAGGCCUGGUGCUCUAGUGCAGACCUGCCCACUGACGCUUCCUUUGGGACAGCGGUUCUCCAAACAGCUCUGCUGCCUGCAUCUUCACACUCUCCCCCUACUUGAGCACUGUGUCAGUCACCCACAGUGGAGUGCACCGAGGGACCAGCAUUCAGAGGCGGUUACUUACCUUAUAGUAACUGGAGGUUCUUCAGGAUGUGUGGUCCAUAUCUACUCUGCUGUCUGCCCCCCCCGCUUUGCUCCGGCUCUUUACUGGAUUUGCGGUAGAAAAAGAACCAGAGAGGCAGGCAGACUGCGCCGCCCGUUAAGCCUUUGGUUGGAAGCGCAAGGAAGGCAAGGGCACGGGCAAGGACCAAUGGACACUGCUGGCAAGAAUUCGCCAACUCCAGGCACAUGGCACGCAUGCAUAACCACUGUGGAAUACUGAUAUGGCCAACACAUCUCCAGUUACUGAAAGGUAAGUAUUCUCCUCUUUUGUCCCAAAGCAUAUUGCUUGUAGAAGCCCUUUGGGGGUUUUGUGUGUGUUGCUGUGCACCCACAAAUCCCACUGGAGUAAAUGGGAGCUGUGGGUAUGGGGAACCUCUGAAGAUCAGUCCACUUCUCUGACGUGACUAAAUAUGAAUUUAACUGUUGGCAGUGAAGUUAAAAUAAAUUCUGGCCUUUGCCUUUAAAAUACCACUCAUUUUUGCAUAACUAUAAGUUGAGGUGUUAUCUUGAGGAUGCAUUAUGCUGUCAGCCUUCCCAUGUAAAAUGCAGAAUCAUCUGGGUCCUCACUUGUCCGCUGUACGCUUACUGAAUGCCUCUAAAAUAGCUCCUUCACCUCUAAGGCACUUCAGCAGGGAUGUUGGUUUUUCGUUUAGCUGUAACCAUCCAUCUUUUCCUUCAGCUGAAUGCAUCCGUUUGCCCUGAGAAAUGCGAGUGUAUUCUGAAAGAUGCCAUCCGUUGCUCUGGUCCCGGUAUCAAAGACCUGGCAUCGUUAGGUCUGCCUAACAACAUGACACAAAUUCUAAUAACAAAUACUAAGGGAACAGAUUUGAAGGACAAAGUCUUUUCUGGAAUGACAGUGCUACAGCGUCUCAUUCUAUCUUCAAACCAGCUUUUCCUAAUUUUGCCAGGAGCUUUUAAAGGCUUAGUAAAGCUGAAGACCCUCAAACUGUUUAACAACAAGUUAACUCAGCUUCCCACAGGAGUGUUCGAUGAAAUGAUGGACCUUCAGCAGUUGAUCCUUGAAAAUAAUUUGCUGAAAGAUAUUGAGCGCAGCCUGUUUGACAAACUAGUCAACUUGCAGGAGCUGUUUUUGAACAAAAACCGUUUGACAGAGCUUCCUGAAGGAGUGCUAAGAAACCUCGCCAAGCUUAAACUACUGAACUUAUCCAGAAACUAUUUGGCAGCCUUGCCUAGAAAUAUAUUUAGCACAUUAACCAGACUUGAGAAGCUCGCUCUGUAUAUGAACAGGCUCAGUUCAAUAGACUCUGGUGUGUUUGAUAACCUGAGAGAGCUGCAGGAGCUUCUUCUGCAUUCAAAUGGCAUUCAGUCCAUUGCCCCAGGCACGUUUCACAAUCUCCUUAAACUAAAAAGUUUAACUCUCUCUCGAAAUAAGUUGCAGUUGUUACCUCAUGGGCUCUUUCUGCAUUUGCACAAUUUGACUAAAUUGACCUUAUAUGGGAAUCCACUGGGAUCCCUUUCAGAAAUAUUGUUUGGAGAAAUGAGGAUUCUCCGGAGUCUGUGGGUAUAUGACACCAAACUCUCAACGGUGCCAGAUUUUGUGUUUGGUAAUUUGACAAAUUUGGAGCUACUUGUGCUGACUUUCAAUCCUGAGUUAAGUGUUCUCCCAAGGAACGUGUUCAGUGGUCUAAAUGAACUUCUUACUUUGUCUUUGCAUACAAAUAAUCUCUCUAGUCUCCCGGAGGGCAUCUUCCAGGGUCUGCAGAAACUUCAGGAGAUUUCCCUUUUCCAUAACAGGAUUGAGGUUCUUCCUAAAAACCUCUUUUAUAAUCUCAAUAAUCUCCAGGCAAUUUACCUAAAUUGUGCCAGCCUGCAGUCUCUUCCUGGAGACUUCUUUACUUCUUUACCCAAGCUGCAAGAGGCCGUGCUUGACAACAGUCCUGGGAAAUGUGAUUGUCAAAUUGCUGAAUUCAAAGGGUGGCUCCAGAGGAAUUUAGACAUAGAAAAAAUGUCACGUUCCUAACUUGUGACAGUACCAUAACAUUAAGGAAUAUUUCUCUCUUGUCUCUACCAGAUUAUCAUUUUCACUGCCCCUCUACCACAGCCCUUCCACACCACGCACUUGAGAGCUCCACGGGUUCCCACACUUCAUCUUUUCUUGUCACUG